UCUCGGACGUUCUGUGACAGGGGACAAGUGUUUGGUUUUCUUGAGUUGUGCCGUGUUUUACUUGUGCGCCUAUCAGUUAUGGCAUUCGAGGACAGAUCUAGCCCUAACAGUGCGACGAGUCCGAACAGCGACUCCAGCCAAACUCCUCUGAAUGCACCCAACUCACCGGAAUCGACCAGAACAUCGCCGUACACAUGCAUGACCAUCGCCCAGGAUAACACCAGAGGUUACGUGAGCAGUCCCACAUCACCGAACUAUGUCGUACCCAAGGUGGAACCGGAAAGGUCCUUCAUAAGGAUAACAUCGUUCGCACUGUCCAGCCCAAAGAGGGAGGUGGACGUGCAGUCGCCCCAGGACUAUUCCAACUUCAGGUCGCCGUCGCCAGCGGAAAGCAUCUCCAGCCGGGCCAGCCCGCCGAUAAAUCCGGAGCCCACAAUACAAACGCUCAAGUACUCGAUAACGAACAUACUUAAGCCCGAAUUCGGGAAGAAUGCCGUACAAAAAACGAAAACUAGUCCAAGAAUCAACUUCAAACCGUACGAAACCAAAUCGUGUGAGGACGAAAAACCGUUCCCGGUGGCACCUCUGGGCAGUCUGUGCCAGACAGUUUCUCAAAUUGGAUCCCGAGUCAAAAGUCCCGAACCCAUACCGAGAGUGAAAAGUCCGGUCAAAAGUCUGCUGCCCAACCCGGAAGAAAUAAAAAAGACCGACGGCAACGUGCCCCAGCUGUGGCCCGCCUGGGUCUAUUGCACCCGAUACUCCGAUCGACCGUCGUCAGGACCCCGAUCGAGACGAACGAAAAAAACGACAAAGAGCGCACCCAGCGAGGACAAGAGACCGAGGACGGCGUUUUCCAGCGCCCAAUUAGCCAGAUUGAAGCACGAAUUCAACGAGAACCGCUACUUAACCGAACGUAGGAGGCAACAACUGAGCGCCGAGCUCGGUUUGAACGAGGCCCAAAUCAAAAUCUGGUUCCAAAACAAACGGGCCAAAAUCAAGAAGUCCUCCGGCCAAAAGAACCCGCUCGCGUUGCAAUUGAUGGCGCAGGGGUUGUAUAAUCAUUCGACGGUUUCCUGUGAUGAAGAUGAUAUGCCGAUGUCGUCGUAACAUGUCGACGACGUUGUACAUAAUUCGCCCGAUCUCGUGUUCUAGUUUUUAUUUAUUUUGUACAAACUAACUUUUAGACCGUGUAAAUAUUGUAUAGUGUAGAUACAUGAUUUAUUGUUUAUAUAUCCGAUACGUAUAUGUUGUGUGUAAAUACAAGAAUUGAAAUCAAUUUCGUAACUGUUUGCAAAAUCUGAAAAAUGUGCGGUGUUGCAAACGGUUUACGAGCUCGAUUUACGAUGUUUACAUAAUAUUUAUGGGCAAUGUAGAUUUUAAUUUUUGCUGUUUAAUUUAUGGAGCCUUCAAAAUAGACUGAAUAUAAACAAUUUUUUAGAUGGUAGCGUCAUGUGCAAUGUUCUUUGUAUA